AUGGUUUAUCCAAUAUGUAUAGGAUGCAGCUGUCAGAUCCGACAAGGUCGAAUCUUUAAAAUCGGUGAAGGGUUAGAGAAAGUAUUUUGGUCAGCUCGCUUGUUGAGUCUUGUGGACUCAAACAGUUGCAUUUGUCAAUCAUGUCGAUUGAAAUUCGUUUGUUGGAAAAAAGAGACAAGUACUGCCUUCAUCCAUAUUAUAAUUCAAGAAGAGGGAAUAGCUGAAAACGGUGUUGGUCGAAAUGAUAACAAUAUGGAUGUCGACGAACUGGCUGAUACAUCAUCGAAAAGAAUUGAUCAAUAUACACAAACAACAUCAGACCUUGAAAGAGUUGAAUUAUUAGUGAAUCGAACAACGAAAUCCGAAAGAACUUGUAUUGUAUGCGGCUGUUCUAAUACCAUCAACAGACAUCGAUUGACAAAUCAACAAAGAAAUCUUGUUUUUCUGAAAAAAGGAAUUUUCGUGUCACCAAAUAGUCGUUGUUGCAAGACACACCUGUAUAAUAGACAUCUUACGUAUGAAGCAUUGGAACAAAUAAAGAGUGGAAAAUCAAGUGUUGAAAUGUGGGGAGCACAAGAGAUAACUCAGUGUCUUGAUGGAUUUCGCGUUAUUGCUAAUUCAUCAAAGUCGAACGAUUUUGAUGAUCCAUCUAGUAUGAGCGAUGCAGACUAUUUAACAAUGACAGGUCUUAAUAAAGACAAUUUCAAUCAUCUACUUCAAUUUCUUACAACUAUGCGAACUUCUCGUGUGCGUUCGUUAAGAGAAGCUCUGGCUAUUUAUCUUAUGAAACUCCGGUUAAGUGUUAGUAACUCAGUACUUGCUACCAUAUUUCGUCUGCGCAACAAGAGAGCAGUUUCACGUAUUCUACAACAAGUUCGACAGAGUUUAGGAAGUAAUUUUACACCAACUUAUCUUGGGCUAAGUCAUAUUAAUCGAGAAGAGGUUCUUGCUCAUCAUCAAACAGCUAUUGCAAAUACUUUGCUUACUUCACAAUUAGAUCAGGUAUGUGUUGCAAUAGAUGGCACAUAUUUGUACAUUCAGAAAUCAUCAAAUAACACAUUUCAACGCCGCACGUACAGCAUGCAUAAGCAUCGUAAUUUGAUAAAACCAAUGAUAAUUACAGCAACCGACGGAUACAUUCUCGCAGUAUUUGGUCCAUUUUUAGCAGAUCACAACAAUAAUGACGCUUCGAUUAUCAAGCACUGUUUGUUCAGCAAUGAGCAAGAUAUGUUAUCAUGGUUCAAAGAUAAUGACGUGAUGAUCAUUGAUCGUGGGGUGUGUUUUGCACAAUUAGGAGAAAAACUAAUACUCAGUUAA